AUGGCCAAACCGAUCUUCUGUGCCACACAUCCGCGUGCGUGCAGUACGGCCUUUGAACGUGUUUUCAUGACCAGGAAAGACUUGGCCUGUGUGCAUGAACCAUUUGGAGAUGCUUUCUAUUAUGGUCCGGAAAGGAUGAGCGCUCGUUAUGAACAUGAUGAAGACGCAAGAAAAGCCUCGGGUUUCAGUGAUUCGACUUACAAGACAAUCUUCGAUCGACUAGAUCGGGAAGGAUCCGAGGGAAAACGCGUCUUCAUCAAGGACAUCAUCUAUUAUCUGGUUCCUCCAGACCAACAGCCAGCGAAAAUAGCUCCAUCUUUGGACCCCAAGAAACGCGGCAUUGGCACCGGCACAGCGACCCGUGGAGCCAACGGCGUCAACGGCGUGGACGGAUCCAGUGAGACCAACGGCACUAACGGAGUCAACGGAGUCGGCAAGAAAGCACCAUUUCCCUACUCAUCGGAUGGCGAGCCAGGAAAUCCGACCGUCAUUCCCAAAGAACUCCUGGAAAAAGUUCAUUUCACCUUCCUCAUCCGCGACCCUCAUUCGAGUAUUCCGUCGUAUUAUCGCUGUACCAUUCCUCCCUUGGAUGAGAUGACUGGAUUUUACGAAUUCUACCCUAAUGAAGCUGGAUAUGACGAGCUCCGGCGAUUUUUCGAUUUCACCAGAGAGGCUGGAUUGGUAGGAACCAAACUUGCCGGCCAGUCGAAUGGGAUCGUGAAUGGACACAUUAGCCAACCUGAUACCUGCGUGAUCGACGCGGAUGACCUUUUGGAUGAUCCGGAGGGUAUUCUCCGAGCUUACUGCCAAAGUGUUGGACUGGACUUCUCUCACGAUAUGCUCAACUGGGACAAUGACGCGGAUCAGGAACGAGCCAAGGUGGCCUUCGAAAAAUGGAAAGGCUUUCAUGAAGACGCCAUCGAUUCCAAGGACCUCAAGCCGAGAACUCACAAGAAGGCGGCGAAAUCUGAGGCUCAAUGGGACGCCGAAUGGAAAGAAAAGUAUGGCGAAGAAGCGGCAAAGGUGAUUCGACAGACCGUCAACCAGAACAUGGAUGAUUUCCUGUACCUGAAGCAAUUCACCCUGAAGCCAUGA